CCCGUGACAGACGUUUUGUCUCGUCACUGUGCGCAGCGGCAUCGAGCAAAGAGCCUGUCGCACAUGGACCUAAUAUGAUUUCAAAGUGCGGAAGUCGCGGUCAUAUCGCAUACCUCGACUAGACUAACAGAUUUUAAUUUGGAAAAGGAAGAAAUAAACGCUCUACAGUGACAUGACCCUGCGUUUAUGUUGGCCCGCUAACUAACUAGCUGUGUGGCUAACCCGGAACUGGAGACCGCUUGUUAUCUGACACACGGCAGCCCAGUGUAGAUUUGAGUCAUCUAGAAGCGAUGGACGACCCCUCUGAAACGGCUUCUAACCGAAUUUUGCUGGAACCGUACAAGUACUUGCUGCAACUGCCAGGAAAGCAAGUAAGAACAAAACUCGCCCAAGCGUUUAACCACUGGCUCAAUGUCCCAGAAGACAAACUACAGGUGAUCACCGAGGUGACGGAGAUGCUACACAACGCCAGCUUAUUAAUAGACGACAUUGAGGACAGCUCCAAGCUCCGCCGAGGUUUCCCCGUGGCGCACAGCAUCUACGGCAUUCCCUCGGUCAUCAACUCGGCCAACUACGUCUACUUCCUGGGGUUGGAGAAGGUGCUGACCCUGGAUCACCCCGAGGCGGUGCAGGUGUUCACCCGGCAGCUGCUGGAGCUGCACCGCGGCCAGGGCCUGGACAUCCACUGGAGAGACACCUACACCUGUCCCACGGAGGAGGAGUACCGGAACAUGGUGCUGCAGAAGACCGGUGGCCUCUUCGGCCUGGCCGUCGGCCUCAUGCAGCUCUUCUCCGGCUGGAAACAGGACCUGAAACCGCUCCUGGACACACUGGGCCUGUUCUUCCAGAUCCGCGACGACUACGCCAACCUGAGCUCGCGAGAGUACAGUGAGAAGAAGAGUUUCUGCGAGGACCUGACGGAGGGCAAGUUCUCCUUCCCAACCAUUCACGCCAUAUGGUCUCACCCGGAGAGCACGCAGGUGCAGAACAUCCUGAGGCAGCGCACGGAGAACAUGGACAUCAAGCGCUACUGCGUGGACUACCUGAAGACGGUGGGUUCGUUCGCCUACACCCGGCAGACCCUGCGGGACCUGGAGGCCGAGUCCUACCGGCUCAUCAGGGAUCUGGGCGGGAACCCCCAGCUGGAGGGGCUGAUCAAACACCUGAGCCAGAUGCAUCACGAGGCCGAGGCCACGGCAAACGCCAACAGCGAGCCCAACUGUAGCCAAAGCGACUGACCUUCAGCUGCUGUUUGGAUUAUUACAAACAGCCCUGAGACUUUCACAUUCCUGCGCAGGUUAGCACAUAUCAGCAUGUGACUCAAGCUGUUGGGACUGAAAUGUUGCCUUUUUCAAGUGGUGCUUAUCGUUACACAUCGCUUUUUUUCUGCUUUAAAAAAAAAAAAAUCUGAAUGUGAUGGGGUUGUCAAAGAGAAAUGUACGGUGGCCGAGACCCGCCAUUGCUGAAAAUAAAAGUAACGCUGCAAACAGAAACAAACGCUGCUGCAAAUAAAAACAAACGCCGCUGCAAAUAAAAGAAACGCUGCAAAUAUAAAGAAACGCCGCUGCAAAUAAAAAAAAAACGACGCAAAUAAAAAAGCCACAACGGAAGUGAAUUAGCGGGGACUUUUUGCCGAUGCACCGGUGUUGCACAUUAAAAAUUACACGUAGCGACGUUGAACACCAACCUUUUCACUUAUGCUUAUUCCUCGCUCUUCUUAUUUCUUCCUUUUCACUUACCUCUUCGUCGUGUUCUUCUCCUCUCACGUAAAAAACACCGGUGCAUCAGCAAAAAUAGUCCCCGGUAAUUCACUUCCGUUGUGGCUUUUUUAUUUGCGUCGUUUUUUUUUAUUUGCAGCGGCGUUUCUUUAUAUUUGCAGCGUUUCUUUUAUUUGCAGCGUUUAUUUUAUUUGUAAAGCGUUUAUUUUAUUUGCAGCGUUUCUUUAAUUUUCCGCAAUGGCGGGUCUCGGCCACCGUAGAAAUGUUACGAGAUGGAAACUUUCAUACUAUUUUCUAAAGAUGAACCGAAAGAUGAUGAACUUGAAGGCCUUCAGUGUGACGUGCAUUAUAGUGAAAUUAAACAAUUUUUUCCUCAUCUUUUCAUUCUUUUUUUUAUUAAACAAAUCUUUUUCUGUAAAAUGCGACUCAAAGGCAUGAGAUGAAUGACUGAGGAUCCGGCAAUCACCGAGUAUCAAUACUGUAGAAAAGAGCUCUGCACUCCACUUUAAUAAAGUCUCCACAUCUGCAAUAUUUCAGCAGCAAACAAAAAUGUUUGUUUGUAUACAAUGUUGUUAUAAAGCCAUGUUUGCACUUAUUGAAUAAAAACUAUAACGGCCU